GACGGUCGGCGUGUUAUAGCGGGGCAACGGCUGUCGGUGUUUGACAGUUGUCUCUGAUCAAUCGUGGAGUACGGUGCCUGCCGAGCUGUGUAUCAUGUUCAACAUGUUGUCAUGUAGCGUCUGCUCGUCGGUGGGGCUCGCAGUAGUAUUUUUUCUCGUGAUGCUCUUCGCCCUGGGUAUGAACGAGACUCUCAAGUAUCGAGCAAAGUUCACUUUCUUCAUAUUGGCGAGCGCUGUAGCUGCGGGAAUAUGGAUACCUUUAAUGUUCUUUCGCAUAAGAAGCUGGAAAAACGCGAUCUUGCCGGCCCGUGGAGUUGUGAUAAUAGCGAAGAUGCUCGGAAUCAACUACCAUUUGCGAGGGAAAGAAAACACUGUCAAAGACACAGGCUGCGUCGUGCUUAUCAAUCAUCAGAGCUCCUUGGACCUUUGCGUUUUAGGUGAACUAUGGCUGUCGAUGGACCAUUGCUGCGUCAUUUCCAAAAAAGAGAUCCUCUACCUGGGACCGUUCGGUCUCGCGUGUUGGCUCUGGGGAACGGUGUUCAUCGACCGAGGAAACGUCGAGGAGUCCCGUCAGAUCAUCAACGACACGGCAGAAUCGAUCCGCUUGGCGAAGCGGAGGCUCCUUUUGUUUCCCGAGGGACGUCGGCAUUCGAAUAGUACGCUGCUUCCCUUCAAGAAAGGCGCUUUCCAUGUCGCGAUAGAGUCGCAAAUGCCGAUUCAGCCCGUCGUCGUGUCAAAGUAUUAUUUUCUCAGUGAUAAGCGCAAGCAAUUUCAUUCGGGGAAUAGUUACAUUACGAUUUUACCGCCCAUCCCUACCGCGGGCAUGACCAAAGACGAUCUUCCAAAGCUGAUGGAGCAGGCGCACGAGGUCAUGAACAAAACCUUCGUGGAAUCCACGCGCGAAUGCUUCGCGGAUCACAUAGAAUCUUUGAAGGAAGAGUGAUGUGAUGAAAGUAUCGUGGAACGACUGGCGUGAGCGAGCGAACUUAGCGCGAUCGGACGACGCAUUCGCGAUAGGCCGAUUCACGCGAAUGGUACCUGGGAUAAAUGUUUUAUAUCGCAUUAUCAAAUGUUUCCGCGAGAACGGACACUUUGUGUGUGCUGUCUUUAUUUUUUCUUACACAACGUGCAUGUGUACCAAAGAUACACAGAUUUCAAAUCGUUACUUGAAAUCCUUGUUAUCUCUCGAUGAAUCGAUGAUAAUCACUUUCUUCGACGUUGUUCUACGACCGCGAUUUAACCGAGGCGGCAUAAGUGUCUGAAAGACAUCUUUUAGAGACGUUUCUGAAACAUUUGUGAGGUCUGGGGGUCUUAAGAUAUUUCACGUUAUUCAUCAGUGUUCUUCCAUUAUUCCGCGUAAGAGUUCUAUCCUUGAGGAGCGAGAGGAUUUACCGAAGCUCAAAUGAUAUUUCACUAAGAAUGCAAUUUGUACUUUUUAUAUCUUUGCGGCAAGAUGCGAUUUGUUAACCGAGAGGUUUUGUCUCCACAUUGUCGCGCAAUAUGCGGCGCUAAUCUUUUAUAAUUUGUAUACAGAAAGUGUCGAUAUCAAACGCAAAAUUUUCCUAUCCACGUAUAUCUCAAUGGUGAGAAGAGUUGCAUAAUUCACUAUUAUUGUUAUUAUGUCUUCACGUAUCACGUUACCAUUAAGUGGUCGUCAUCAACAUCCGCAAUUUAUUUAUCAUCGAUUACAUUUCUUUUGUAACGAGACGAAGUAGAUACAAGUGACGUCUGUUAAAUAUAUUUUCCUAUCGAUAUCGAAUUUUUUAUGUCUGCGUUGAUAUUUGUGUAAUUUCGCAUAUCGAGGGUCGCGUUUUUAAGAAACAGCCCGCCGAUGCGUCCGCAAAUUUUCAUACGAUAUAUCCCAAGCAGCACGUUAACGUAAACGUUCGAGGAACGUUCGCUUUAUGUUCACUUGGUUUGGUUAUAUUCAAACAAAGUGGGAACGUUCGAAGAACAUACGUUUUAGAACCUUUAAUAUAUAUCUUACGUAGCAAAAGUAUCGCAGUAUCACAAUUAUUCUGUUCUGUUACAUAUUAAUGUUGUUAAUAUAUUAAUAUCUUUUAGCAAUUAAUAUAUUUGUAAAUAAUUUGUUAUAAAUAGACAUAAUCAAACUUCAAUGAUGUAUAUAUUUUAAUUAAAAAAUGGAAUUGUAACAGAGCAGCAUAAUUGAUACUGCGACGCUUUCGCUACAUAUGAUAUAUAUUAAAGGUUCUAAAACGUAUGUUCUUCGAACGUUCCCACUUUGUUUGAAUAUAACUAAACCAAGUGAACGUAAAGCGAACGUUCCUCGAACGUUUACGUGCUGCUUAGGAUGCAUUGCCUCGAGCAUAUGUUUUCCAAAAUGUCGUAUUACAAUGUACAAUUGAUCAUUCGUUCCAGAUCAGCGAUGUGAACAAAUUGUAUGCGCAAUAUAUCAUAUAUUUACAGAC